GGAAAGAGGCAGAUGUGUCCGCAGUACAAGAGAAUCUCCUUUUGAGGUCCCCGACUUUGUCUGCCUCAGAUCCAGCGGCGAGUCCCGGGACCCCGGGCACUGACCCCUAAGCCGAGGAGUUUAUCGGUCUCGUUGCAGGCAGCAUGAGCGGCACCCUGUCCCAGGGCUCCAGCCCAGCCCGCCUCACUCUCUGGGAGGAAGAGAAUUUCCAGGGCCGCCGCUGUGAGCUGAUGAGCGAAUGUUCCAGCAUCCUAGAGCUUAGCGGCUUUCGCAGGGUGCGCUCUGUCAAGGUGGAAAGCGGCGCAUGGGUGGGCUUCGAAUACCCGGAUUUCCAGGGCCAGCAGUUCAUCCUGGAGAAGGGCGACUAUCCUCGAUCUACUGCGUGGAGCGGCAGCAGCGGCUACCGAACCGACCAGCUUCUCUCCUUCCGGCCCCUGCUCUGCGCCAAUCACAGUGACAGCCGAGUGACCCUUUAUGAGGGUGAAAACUUCCAGGGAUGCAAGUUUGAAUUGAGUGAUGACUAUCCAUCCCUGCCUGCCAUGGGCUGGGCCAGCAAGGAUGUGGGCUCCCUCAAAGUCACCUCAGGAGCAUGGGUAGGCUACCAAUAUCCUGGCUUCCGGGGCUACCAGUAUGUAUUGGAGCAGGACCGGCAUAGUGGAGAGUUUCGAAAAUACAGCGAGUUUGGUACCCAGGCCCAUACCAACCAGCUGCAAUCCAUCCGAAGAGUCCAGCACUAGAUUUGGCUGUGUUUGCCCUCAUUUCGGGGUCUCCUUGAGCAUCUGACACAUCUGGACCCAGAACCAUCAAUAAAGGCACUGAAUUUGCCUCACC